AUGGCGCUCCGCUCGCGCUGGUCGGCGAUGGCUGGCCGGCUGUUCGAGUUUGGAUCCUACCGUACGGUCUCCGUACACGACUAUGCAAACGUCCUCGUGCCCCUGGAAGAAGCCCACGACUAUAGCCAUGCCGCCCGCACGGGGCGCCGGUCCGAGUACGAAGCGCCACCAGGCGAGGACGAUAGCCAUGGCGUUGAUGACGACGACGACGACGUCGAGAGCGGCAGCCGAACCGACCUUGACAACGGCGAGCGGCGAAAGCACACAGGCAAGUCUCGGCGUGUUGGCCCGGCCGACGACGAUGAAGAUGAGGACGACAAUGAAGCAUCCGCGGCAUCUGGUAUGCUGCCGAUGCGGGCCUGCGAAUACAGCAUUGAAGGCCUGCGGCGGGAGCUUAUGGAUGCAACCGAGUUUGGUAUCUCAGAGAAGACCGUUCGUUACACUACGAGCGCGCUUUUCCUGGGACUUUGCUUCGGUAGCUUUUUCUGGGGCAUCGGCUCCGACGUAAUGGGUCGCCGGCUCGCUUUCAACUGCACCCUUCUGAUUACCAGCAUCUUUGGCACGCUAGCCGGCUAUGCCUCUUCAUGGGGCAUGGUGUGCUUCCUCGCUGCUGCCCUUGGUUUCGGCGUCGGCGGUAACUUGCCCGUUGAUGGUGCUCUCUUUCUUGAGUUCCUGCCAGACGCUUCCAGCUCACUUCUUACGCUUCUCUCUGUUUGGUGGCCCGUGGGCCAGCUGUGCUCCUCGCUCCUGGCGUGGAUGCUGAUUGCAGACAGCAAUGCAGAAGGCUCUCCCGACGUCACAAGGUGGCGGGGUUUUAUUAAGGCAAUUGGCGUCAUAACGUUCAUUAUGUUUGUCGUCCGCUUUUUCGUCUUCCGCCUAUUCGAGUCCCCAAAGUAUCUACUUUCACGGGGCCGUCAGAGCGAAGCAAUCGCCGUGAUCCAUGGCCUAGCGCACCGAAACGGCACCAAGACGUGGCUCACGGAGGAAAUCUUGGAAUCUGUGGCCGAGGACAGCGAGGGCGGCCCUUUUACCGCAGCUGUGAAUGAGAGAAACAGCUUUGUUGGCUACGAUACUACCAACAACGAUGACGACGACGAUGAGGCGGGUCUUUUCGACCAUGGUCGUCAGAGCAGCGCGACUGCUGCGCCGCACGGCCGCAAGCCUCAGACGGGCUCCGUUAUCCGUGACCGCCUGAAAGCCUUCUCAGGCGACCGGUUGCGGCCUCUCUUCCACACGCGCCAGCUUGGCAUGGCCACGGCGAUUAUCUGGUUCGUGUGGGCUACGAUCGGCAUGGGCUAUCCGCUGUUCAACGCUUUUCUGCCGCAGUAUCUCUCCCAUGGCGGGGCCGCAUCGCCCUCUGCGCCUGCGCUAUUGGCGUUAAGAGACGAAGGUGCUGGUGCAAUUGCCGACACGCCCAUAAGCGUGACCUACCGCAACUAUGCCAUCACUAGCAUCGUCGGUGUUCCUGGCAGCCUUCUUGCUGCCUACACGGUCGACAAUCCUUCGCCGUUCCUCGGCCGCCGUGGUACGCUGGCUGGAUCGACGUUGAUGUCGGCCAUUUUCUUGUUCUUCUUUGUCACAUUCGGCCAUUCGCCCGGCUCGCAGCUGUUCUUCUCGAGCGUUGGGGCGUUCUCUCAGAACAUUAUGUACGGCGUCCUCUACGCCUUCACACCCGAGAUCUUCCCGGCCCCCGUCCGUGGUGCCGGCACGGGCGUGGCCUCUUUCCUCAACCGUAUUACGGGCCUAAUCGCUCCCGUGAUCGCAGCGACGUUGCCGGGCGAUGGCGCGACGGGGCCCAUCUACCUGUCGGCCGUGCUCAUUUUGUCAGCGUUUUUCGGUAUGAUUAUGAUACCCAUCGAGACACGUGGCCGCCAGCGGCUAUAG